UGUGUAUCUGUGUGUGUGUGUGUGUGUGUGUGUGUAUCAAUGUGUGUGUGUGUGUGUGUGUAUCUGUGUGUAUCAAUGUAUGUGUGUGUGUGUAUCUGUGUGUGUGUGUAUCAGUGUGUAUCAAUGUGUGUGUGUGUGUAUCAAUGUGUGUGUGUGUAUCAAUGUGUGUGUGUGUGUGUGUGUAUCAGUGUGUGUGUGUGUAUCUGUGUGUAUGUGUGUGCGUGUGUGUAUCUGUGUGUGUGUGUGUGUAUCUGUGUGUAUGUGUGUGUAUCUGUGUAUCUGUGUGUGUGUGUGUGUGUAUCUGUGUGUGUGUGUGUAUCUGUGUGUGUGUAUCUGUGUGUGUGUAUCUGUGUGUGUGUGUAUCUGUGUGUGUGUGUGUGUGUGUGUAUCUGUGUGUGUGUGUGUGUGUAUCUGUGUGUGUGUGUGUGUAUCUGUGUGUGUGUGUGUGUGUGUAUCUGUGUGUGUGUGUAUCAGUCAGAGUUGAAGCUGGAAGUUGAAGUUCUCCACAUCUUCAGGACAGAGGAGUUUACACUGCUGUGUGUUUCUCAGUAACAUGAGCAGCUGAGAUUAUUCUCUUAUUAACCUGAAGAGAGAGAAUAAAGAGAGACUGCUGAGGGGACGAGUGUUUAUAGCUGAAGAGAGAGAGAAUAAAGAGAGACUGCUGAGGGGAUGAGUGUUUAUAGCUGAAGAGGGAGAGAAUAAAGAGAGACUGCUGAGGGGACGAGUGUUUAUAGCUGAUAUAGAGAGAGAAUAAAGAGAGACUGCUGAGGGGACGAGUGUUUAUAGCUGAAGAGAGAGAAUAAAGAGAGACUGCUGAGGGAACGAGUGUUUAUAGCUGAAGAGAGAGAGAAUAAAGAGAGACUGCUGAGGGGACGAGUGUUUAUAGCUGAAGAGGGAGAGAAUAAAGAGAGACUGCUGAGGGGACGAGUGUUUAUAGCUGAAGAGAGAGAAUAAAGAGAGACUGCUGAGGGGACGAGUGUUUAUAGCUGAAGAGGGAGAGAAUAAGGAGAGACUGCUGAGGGGAUGAGUGUUUAUAGCUGAAGAAGGAGAGAAUAAAGAGAGACUGCUGAGGGGACGAGUGUUUUUAUCUGAACAGAGAGAAUAAAGAGAGACUGCUGAGGGGACGAGUGUUUAUAGCUGAAGAGAGAGAGAAUAAAGAGAGACUGCUGAGGGGACGAGUGUUUAUAGCUGAAGAGGGAGAGAAUAAAGAGAGACUGCUGAGGGGACGAGUGUUUAUAGCUGAAGAGAGAGAAUAAAGAGAGACUGCUGAGGGGACGAGUGUUUAUAGCUGAAGAGAGAGAGAAUAAAGAGAGACUGCUGAGGGGACGAGUGUUUAUAGCUGAAGAGGGAGAGAAUAAAGAGAGACUGCUGAGGGGACGAGUGUUUAUAGCUGAAGAGAGAGAAUAAAGAGAGACUGCUGAGGGGACGAGUGUUUAUAGCUGAAGAGAGAGAGAAUAAAGAGAGACUGCUGAGGGGACGAGUGUUUAUAGCUGAAGAGGGAGAGAAUAAAGAGAGACUGCUGAGGGGACGAGUGUUUAUAGCUGAAGAGGGAGAGAAUAAAGAGAGACUGCUGAGGGGACGAGUGUUUAUAGCUGAUAUAGAGAGAGAAUAAAGAGAGACUGCUGAGGGGAUGAGUGUUUAUAUCUGAAGAGAGAGAGAAUAAAGAGAGACUGCUGAGGGGAUGAGUGCUUAUAUCUGAAAAGAGAGAGAAUAAAGAGAGACAGCUGAGGGGAUGAGUGUUUAUAUCUGAAGAGAGAGAGAAUAAAGAGAGACUGCUGAGGGGAUGAGUGCUUAUAUCUGAAAAGAGAGAGAAUAAAGAGAGACAGCUGAGGGGAUGAGUGUUUAUAGCUGAUAGAGAGAGAGAGAAUAAAGAGAGACUGCUGAGGGGACAAGUGUUUAUAGCUGAAGAGAGAGAGAAUAAAGAGAGACUGCUGAGUGGACAAGUGUUCAUAGCUGAAGAGAGAGAAUAAAGAGAGACUGCUGAGGGGACGAGUGUUUAUAGCUGAAGAGAGAGAGAAUAAAGAGAGACCGCUGAGGGGAUGAGUGUUUAUAGCUGAAGAGGGAGAGAAUAAAGAGAGACUGCUGAGGGGAUGAGUGUUUAUAGCUGAAGAGAGAGAGAAUAAAGAGAGACUGCUGAGGGGAUGAGUGUUUAUAGCUGAAGAGAGAGAGAAUAAAGAGAGACUGCUGAGGGGACGAGUGUUUAUAGCUGAUAUAGAGAGAGAAUAAAGAGAGACUGCUGAGGGGAUGAGUGUUUAUAUCUGAAGAGAGAGAGAAUAAAGAGACUGCUGAGGGAACGAGUGUUUAUAGCUGAUAUAGAGAGAGAAUAAAGAGAGACUGCUGAGGGGAUGAGUGUUUAUAUCUGAAGAGAGAGAGAAUAAAGAGAGACUGCUGAGGGGACAAGUGUUUAUAGCUGAAGAGAGAGAGAAUAAAGAGAGACUGCUGAGGGGAUGAGUGUUUAUAGUUGAAGAGAGAGACAAUAAAGAGAGACUGCUGAGGGGAUGAGUGUUUAUAGCUGAAGAGAGAGAGAGAAUAAAGAGAGACUGCUGAGGGGAUGAGUGUUUAUAGGUGAAGAGAGAGAGAAUAAAGAGAGACUGCUGAGGGGAUGAGUGUUUAUAGGUGAAGAGAGAGAGAAUAAAGAGAGACUGCUGAGGGGAUUAGUGUUUAUAGCUGAAGAGAGAGAGAAUAAAGAGAGACUGCUGAGGGGAUGAGUGUUUAUAGCUGAAGAGAGAGAGAAUAAAGAGAGACUGCUGAGGGGACGAGUGUUUAUAGCUGAUAUAGAGAGAGAAUAAAGAGAGACUGCUGAGGGGAUGAGUGUUUAUAUCUGAAGAGAGAGAGAAUAAAGAGACUGCUGAGGGAACGAGUGUUUAUAGCUGAUAUAGAGAGAGAAUAAAGAGAGACUGCUGAGGGGAUGAGUGUUUAUAUCUGAUAGAGAGAGAGAGAAUAAAGAGAGACUGCUGAGGGGACAAGUGUUUAUAGCUGAAGAGAGAGAGAAUAAAGAGACUGCUGAGGGGAUGAGUGUUUAUAUCUGAAGAGAGAGAGAAUAAAGAGACUGCUGAGGGAACGAGUGUUUAUAGCUGAUAUAGAGAGAGAAUAAAGAGAGACAGCUGAGGGGAUGAGUGUUUAUAGCUGAUAGAGAGAGAGAGAAUAAAGAGAGACUGCUGAGGGGACAAGUGUUUAUAGCUGAAGAGAGAGAGAGAAUAAAGAGAGACUGCUGAGGGGAUGAGUGUUUAUAGCUGAUAGAGAGAGAGAGAAUAAAGAGAGACUGCUGAGGGGACAAGUGUUUAUAGCUGAAGAGAGAGAGAAUAAAGAGAGACUGCUGAGUGGACAAGUGUUCAUAGCUGAAGAGAGAGAAUAAAGAGAGACUGCUGAGGGGACGAGUGUUUAUAGCUGAAGAUAGAGAGAAUAAAGAGAGACCGCUGAGGGGAUGAGUGUUUAUAGCUGAAGAGGGAGAGAAUAAAGAGAGACUGCUGAGGGGAUGAGUGUUUAUAGCUGAAGAGAGAGAGAAUAAAGAGAGACUGCUGAGGGGAUGAGUGUUUAUAGCUGAAGAGAGAGAAUAAAGAGAGACUGCUGAGGGGAUGAGUGUUUAUAGCUGAAGAAGGAGAGAAUAAAGAGAGACUGCUGAGGGGACGAGUGUUUUUAUCUGAACAGAGAGAAUAAAGAGAGACUGCUGAGGGGAUGAGUGUUUAUAUCUGAAGAGAGAGAGAAUAAAGAGACUGCUGAGGGAACGAGUGUUUAUAGCUGAUAUAGAGAGAGAAUAAAGAGAGACUGCUGAGGGGAUGAGUGUUUAUAUCUGAUAGAGAGAGAGAGAAUAAAGAGAGACUGCUGAGGGGACAAGUGUUUAUAGCUGAAGAGAGAGAGAAUAAAGAGACUGCUGAGGGGAUGAGUGUUUAUAUCUGAAGAGAGAGAGAAUAAAGAGACUGCUGAGGGAACGAGUGUUUAUAGCUGAUAUAGAGAGAGAAUAAAGAGAGACAGCUGAGGGGAUGAGUGUUUAUAGCUGAUAGAGAGAGAGAGAAUAAAGAGAGACUGCUGAGGGGACAAGUGUUUAUAGCUGAAGAGAGAGAGAAUAAAGAGAGACUGCUGAGGGGACGAGUGUUUAUAGCUGAAGAGAGAGAGAAUAAAGAGAGACUGCUGAGGGGAUGAGUGUUUAUAGCCGAUAUAGAGAGAGAAUAAAGAGAGACUGCUGAGGGGAUGAGUGUUUAUAGCUAAAGAGAGAGAAUAAAGAGAGACUGCUGAGGGGACAAGUGUUUAUAGCUGAAGAGAGAGAGAAUAAAGAGAGACUGCUGAGGGGAUGAGUGUUUAUAGUUGAAGAGAGAGAGAAUAAAGAGAGACUGCUGAGGGGAUGAGUGUUUAUAGCUGAAGAGAGAGAGAAUAAAGAGAGACUGCUGAGGGGAUGAGUGUUUAUAGCUGAAGAGAGAGAGAAUAAAGAGAGACUGCUGAGGGGAUGAGUGUUUAUAGCUGAAGAGAGAGAGAAUAAAGAGAGACUGCUGAGGGGACGAGUGUUUAUAGCUGAAGAGAGAGAGAAUAAAGACCCAGUGGGUCAGCAUCAGGUCACUCAGUCAGAACCAUCAGAUUAUCUGUCUGCCUCUCUCUAUCAGUCUGUCUGUCUGCCUCUCUGUAGCUGUCUGUCUGUCUCUCUCUCUGUCUGUCUGUCUGCCUCUCUGCAGCUGUCUGUCUGUCUCUAUCUCUCUCUGUCUGUCUGCCUCUCUGUAGCUGUCUGUCUGUCUCUCUCUCUGUCUGUCUGUCUGCCUCUCUGCAGCUGUCUGUCUGUCUCUAUCUCUCUCUGUCUGUCUGUCUCUCUGUAGCUGUCUGUCUGUCUCUCUCUCUGUCUGUCUGUCUGCCUCUCUGCAGCUGUCUGUCUGUCUCUAUCUCUCUCUGUCUGUCUGCCUCUCUGUAGCUGUCUGUCUGUCUCUCUGUCUGUCUCUAUCAGUCUGUCUGUCUGCCUCUCUGUAGCUGUCUGUCUGUCUCUAUCUCUCUCUGUCUGUCUGCCUCUCUGUAGCUGU